UCUCUAAUUUCACUCCUCAAAGCCCGACCAACGGGCGCUCGUUAGGGGCCCCCGCCGCCAGUCUGCUUCUGUGCGAGGGCCGGACAGAAAUAGAACCAACCGAGUGGCUGUUAUUGGCCGGGGGCCCGAGCCCAACUGUCAGCCAAACUAUGCGCCAGAGGUUUUUUUGAUGGGCAGAGCGGCUGCGACUGGGGAGUAAAUGUUACAAAAGGGGCUUUUUGUUAUCCCGGCCGAGCAGCGAGGGAAGCGGAGGAGCAGCUCCGGCUGAGGAUUUGGGGGCCCCCCUGUAACUCUACCGCGGCCCGGGCACCUCUCUGUCUUACCCAGCCCUGGGACCAGAGGAAUACCCCUACCUGCCCCAAGGUGAGAUGCAACUGCCUCCUCCACUGACUGUCGCACAUCUGCAUUAUCCAGUAGCACUAUAAAAGGGGGCUCUCAGUCGGUAAAGUAGACACCAGGCGGAGAUUCGGAUGGCUUUCCAAGAUGGCUGCCAAUACAGUUCGCUGUCUGUGCCAUUCCAGCGACUGCGCAUAAUCCAAGUGGACUCGGUGCGGCGCUGGAUGGACGACCUGAAGCUGAUGACGGAGUGUGAGUGCAUGUGUAUCCUGCAGUCCAAGCCCAUCGGGAAGGAGGAAGAUGCCCAAAGUGACCUGUUGCUCUCCUCCCCGGGCACGGCGCCCAGCAGCCUGGAGAUCCUACUCAAGAGAGCUUGGAUCGUAAGCACCGAACUGACCAAGAUAGUGGAGAAGCUGAUGAAGAGCAGGUGGAAGAGGCUGCACAGUAUGGCCAUCCGGGUCAGCUGCCACGUGCGCUCCAUGCUCAGAGAGUAUCACAGCUUUAAUCGCCCCUCCACAGAGGAAAUGCACCAGUUUGAGACGUUACUAAUGGACAAGUGCUCUGAGCUGACCGACGUUACUGAGAGGUGCGCGCUGUCCGAGGGGGAUGUGACCUGCCCCUCCCUCAAACUGUCCAUUAAUGAAACCCUCACAUCUGUUGGGCAGUAUUUUAGUCAGCUGAUAAAUCUUGCCCUGACUCAGGAAAUAAAGAGCUUGGUUGCGGAGCUGAACGCGUGUGAUAACAUUUAUAGCAUGGAAGCCGCAAUCUGCAGUUUGUACAGUCUGACCCAGGAAGGCUCCCGGCUGUGCAGUCUGGUGGCUCAGGAGGACGCGGUGGUGGCGCUGUUUAAGAUCUGCCGGCAAGAUUGCUUCCGAUGUCUCCAUUCGCCCGCCCUAAGGACGUUGGCUUCCCUCUGCGGCGUGGAGGAAGGUCUCUGCCAGAUGGAAAAGGUGGACGGGAUCCUGUGCCUCACAGACAUGCUGACCGACGAGACGCAGCCCGAGGCCACGAGAGCAGAAGUCGCAGCGGUGAUUGCGCAGAUCACGUCUCCACAUCUCCAGUUCACCCAACAUCUCAGCAGCUUCCUGGAGAACAUGGAGGAGAUCGUGACUGCUCUGCUGAGGCUUUGUAAAGAGGCUUCAUGUGGGGAGGUCUGUCUCUUGGCCUCUGCAGCGCUCGCCAAUGUUACCUUUUUCGAUACGCUCGCCUGCGAGAUGCUUCUUCAGAUGGGCGCCAUGAAAAUCCUACUGAACGCCUGCGCGGACAAACAGCGAAUAGACACGUCGUUUGCCAGAGACCAAAUUGUGACAAUUCUAGCCAACCUGUCGGUUCUGGAACAGGGAGCACCGGAAUUUGUUCAAGAAAAUGGAGUUGGGACUCUGAUGGAGUUGCUGUCUGAGAAAUCCCCUUCUGGAAGACUGUCGGAAAUCUCAUCGUGUGAGCGCGUCCAACAGAAAGCCGCUGUCACCCUCGCGCGUCUGUUCCGGGAUCCGGGCGUUGCCCUCAGUGCAAUAAAACUGAAUUGUAUUCCCCGCCUCAUCAAACUCUGCCGCUCGCCGGACCAGAGAAAUAACAGCGACGCGGUCCUGGUUGCCUGUCUGGCUGCUCUGCGGAGACUGGCGACCAUGUACCCCGAGGGUCUGGAAGAUUCCGACUUCAAGCAACUGGUGAAGCCGCGACUGGUGGAUUCCUUCCUCCUCUGCUCAAACAUGGAAGAGAGUUUCGUAUAGCGCAAAGCCGAGGGGGUCCCUGUGUGUCUUGCACCCUAAUCUCUAAUGGGGCAGAGGAGAAGGACUGGGUGCCCCACCCAAGGGUCUCAGAGCUUCAUUUGUACCAAACUUUUAUACCAACUUUGUAUUUGUUUUUAUGGGUUUCUAUUUGAUCUGAAAACAUUUUAUACUACGAACGAAGACUUUGGGGUACAGUUGGGGGUCUUGGCCAAUGUUGGGUGAGGUGAAUUAUUGCCACUCUCUUCGCUUCCCCUUUAAUUCCCACUUUGUUCCUGAGGAGCUGUGUUUGGUACGGGGACCCCCAGCUUAGAGGGGUGCCUACAGGGUCCACAGGGAGCGGUAUUGCUCUUUGGGGUCCAGUUGAGCAGGCGCUGGGUAUAAAUCAAAUGGACCCCACAAAUAAGGGUAAUUGUAUUAUGAUGGUCCUUAUGGUACCGACCCACUGCUCUGACCUCUUAGACGUAGGAAUUGAGGUUGAAAAAAGACUCAAGUCCGUUGAGUUUGGGUUUUCUGCACCAACUGCACAUUUCCACCAGGGGGCAGCACACAAGGCUUGGGGAUAAAACUGGGGUUUAUUAAGAACAGAAUUUAAUAUAACAGAGACUUUACAAUAAUCCUUAUAUCACAGGUUGGGGGACAAGAAAUUAUUUCUUGUAAUCUGGGGUGUAAAUAAACCGACGUUCCUUCAGCCGAAGGGGGGAAAUUA